AUGAAUUAUUUCAUUGUGGGCCUAAAGGACAACAACCAGAAUAUCAUAAGAGGAAAUUAUUUAGUUUGUGGGCAAUACCCUAAGAAGGCUGAAAUUUCAAAGAAGCACACCUUGAAAUGCAACCCAUUCCUUCCCAAGCAGCAGUUCCUUAUUGUGCAACAGUACCUUUACGGAGGUGGAGGUUUCACCAUUUGUCAGCUGGAAAUUUAUCUCUAUGAGGCUCUUUCGAAUGUUUCAUCGACAGUUUGGACGAAGCAGUACAUGGAUGAGCCGACGAAGACAUACAGCGUCUUGUUGCUCGGCAACGUGUUGCACGAGACGAGGAGACGCAGCUUAUUGGACUGUGUGGUUCUGUGCAGCGUUGAAGCGUCGAGGCAAUGUGACUCGUUGAACUACUGCAAGUGGUCGAAUCUCUGCCAGUUGAACUCUCACAAGUAUGGCUACCAAAGAAGCUCCAUUCAAAUUGUCAACGAUGAUACAUAUAUCAUUUCACGUUGGAUUGACACAUCUCAAAUUAACGAUACAUUUUCUAUUAAUCAUAUCCAUCGUCACAGAGAAGAUCAAACGAAUGCUCACAUCAACAAAAUCAACAUGAAACAACAUUGUAUGUACUCAUACUCUGUUGCCAAGUGUCUGUACAGUGGCCGACCAAUGGGGGUCGAAGGCCUAUUGACCCUCCCGUUGUGA